AUGGUAUCAAUUGUGUCCAUUAAAGCCCGCCAGAUUUUUGACUCUCGUGGCAAUCCAACCGUCGAAGUUGACCUCGUAACUGAUAUGGGCGAGUACCGGGCCGCUGUGCCCAGUGGAGCAUCGACAGGUGAGUUUGAGGCCCUGGAAAUGCGUGACGGUGGUGCUGCCUACAUGGGCAAGGGUGUUUUAAACGCCGUAAGAAACGUGAACGAAAUUAUUGCUCCUGCUCUUAUCGGUAAGGACGUGACCCAACAGGCCGAACUUGACCGCUAUAUGGUGGAAACCUUGGAUGGCACGCAGAACGAGUGGGGCUGGUGCAAGAAGAAACUUGGCGCUAAUGCUAUUUUAGGUGUGUCGUUGGCACUAUGCCGUGGUGGUGCUGCCGCCAAGAAGCAACCUCUAUGGCAGUAUAUCGCCGACCUAGCCGGCAACCCGACGCCGUGCCUGCCCGUGCCGUCAUUUAAUAUUAUCAACGGUGGCUCUCAUGCCGGCAACAAGCUAGCAAUGCAAGAGUUUAUGAUUCUUCCUGUGGGAGCCACUAGCUUUACGGAAGCUAUGAAGAUUGGUUCAGAAGUGUAUCACAACUUGAAGAAGGUCAUCAAGAACCGCUACGGUCUGGAUGCAACGGCCGUGGGUGACGAGGGUGGGUUUGCCCCUAACAUUCAGUCAAACGGAGAAGCCAUUGACUUGAUUGAGGAGGCUAUACUGGACGCUGGCUACACAAAUCAGGUGCGUCUUGGUAUGGAUGUUGCCGCGUCGGAGUUCUACACAGGUGCCACAGAUGCCCGCUACAACCUUGACUUUAAAAACGAGAACGCUCCCGAGUCGGAAAAGAUUUCGGCUGAAAAGCUGCUCGAGGUGUACGAGGGAUUUAUUGCAAAGUGCGCUGGAUCGAGCAAAAUUGUAUCGAUUGAGGAUCCGUUCGAUCAGGAUGACUGGGAAUCAUGGAUGAAGAUAACGGAAAAGGUUGGCAAGGACGUGCAGAUCGUGGGAGACGACCUGACGGUGACGAACCCGACCCGUGUGAAGAAAGCCAUCGAGCAAAAGGCGUGCAAUGCUCUCUUGCUGAAAGUGAACCAGAUUGGCAGUAUCACCGAGUCAAUUGAGGCCGUGACGAUGGCCAAGAAGGCUGGUUGGGCCAUCAUGGCCAGCCAUCGCAGUGGUGAGACGGAGGACACAUUUAUCGCUGAUCUGGCUGUGGGUCUAAGCGCUGGCCAGAUCAAGACGGGCGCCCCUUGCCGUUCAGAGCGUCUAGCGAAGUACAACCAGCUUUUGCGUAUUGAGGAGGAGCUCGGCUCUAACGCUCGCUACGCCGGCGAGGACUUCCGUGACGUGGAGAAGCUCGGCAAGUACUUUACCUUUUAA